GGAUGCUCCGUAUCCAUCACAAAUAUUGUGCUCUCUCUCUCUCUCUCUCUCUAUAUGAGUUGGAGCUCCUUGUCUUUCAUGACCAAACCGAGGAGGAACCCACCACCACCACCAUAACCUCUCUCUCUCUCUUCUCGACAUAUCUGAAACAGGGCUUCUUGUUUCCAUCUUUUCUACUCUGGUGCUUGGGUUUUCUUCUCUGAAAUUUUUCCCUUUCCGCGCCUUCAGAGAAGUUGCUUGUGUUGUUUUAUUUGAGAUUUGACUGAAAUAAUGUUGGGUGCUAAGCCACCCUCUGAUACAGAGGUUUCCGAGUUCGUCGAAGUUGAUCCAUCCGGUAGAUAUGGCCGGUAUAAUGAGAUUCUUGGUAAGGGGGCAUCAAAGACUGUGUACAGAGCUUUUGAUGAAUUCGAAGGGAUAGAGGUAGCCUGGAACCAGGUUAAACUCCAUAAUUUCCUUCAAAGCCCCGAUGAUCUUGAGAGGCUCUACUGUGAAAUCCAUCUCUUGAAGACCCUUAAGCACAAGAACAUCAUGAAGUUCUAUACUUCUUGGGUCGACACAGCGAAUCGAAACAUCAAUUUUGUCACUGAAAUGUUCACAUCUGGCACUCUUAGACAGUAUAGGCAGAAGCACAAGCGGGUUAAUGUUCGAGCGGUGAAGAACUGGUGUAGGCAGAUCUUGAGAGGACUGCUCUAUCUCCAUAGCCAUGAACCACCUGUAAUUCACAGAGACCUCAAGUGUGAUAACAUUUUUGUUAAUGGACACCAGGGAGUGGUAAAGAUCGGAGACCUGGGCUUGGCUGCCAUUCUUCGCAAAUCUCAUGCUGCUCACUGUGUUGGCACGCCUGAAUUCAUGGCGCCAGAGGUGUAUGAGGAAGAAUAUAAUCAACUGGUAGACAUCUACGCCUUUGGGAUGUGCAUACUCGAAAUGGUCACAUUUGAGUACCCAUACAGUGAGUGCAAUCAUCCUGCGCAAAUUUACAAGAAAGUCAUCUCUGGCAAAAAACCAGCAGCCCUCUACAAAGUCACAGACCCUGAAGUGAGAGAAUUCGUAGAGAAAUGCUUGGCCUCUGUGUCCCAUAGGCUCUCAGCAAGGGAGCUCCUGAAUGAUCCAUUUCUCCAAAUUGAUGAUCCCUGCGCUGACUUGCGGGUAAUUGAGUUUAGGGAGGGAGAGGAGCCAAUUGAAUCUGUCAGCCCACUCAGGUGGCAACCUUUGCAUGAACCUUCAGAACAUGGAGGUUCGAUCAUUGAUGCUUCCAAUCUCUUCCUAGAACCAGAGAAUGCAUGGGGUGUCUCGAUAACUGAUGCUCCCAAUCUCUCUCCAGAAAGAGAUAAUAUGUGGGAUGGCUCAAUCAUCGACGCUUCCAGUCUCUUUCUAGAACAGGAGAACACCUGGGGUGACACUGACGAUGAUAUGCUGGAAAACCUUGAUAUAACAAUCAAGGGAAAGAAAACAGCAGAUGAUGGCAUCUUUUUGAGGCUUAGGAUUGCAGACAAAGAAGGGAGGAUAAGAAACAUUUACUUCCCUUUUGAUAUAGAGGUCGAUACAGCAAUUGGGGUUGCUGCAGAGAUGGUUGCAGAGCUCGAUAUAACUGACCAAGAUGUGAAUAGAAUAGCAGAGAUGAUCGAUGGGGAGAUAUCUUCCCUUUUACCAGACUGGAAAAAACCAGGGCCCUCAAGUUUCGAGGAAGAAAGAGAAAAUUAUGGCCACGAGUAUCAUCCAACCCCUAAUAUUUGCCAUAAGUGUGCAUCAACUACCACAUCCAAUGGUUCUCUUUCUAAGUACUUGGUUGAUAAAAAUCUCCUUAUUCGACAAUGUUCCAUCCAUGAAUGUGCUUCUACUCAUGGUCGAUUUGAAGAGAUAACGUAUCAGGUUGAGGGACCUGAGUAUUGUGGGCCCCCUGUCAUCUCGAGUGUGUCUGAUGGCCUUCACUAUGCUGAUAUAUGGGCUCACCACGAAGAGGACCCUGAUUUUGAGUCCUCUUCGAGUUCUCAAGGUUCUGAAGAGCCACAUUCUGACGAGGAAGUAAACACUAAAAUAUCGGUUAAAACUAGCAAAAGCAUUCAUUGUUUGAGCCCCAAAGGAAAGCCAGAGCUCGUUCAUCAAUCAUGUUGCUGCAAUGGGUCUUUCGAACAUCAUCAUCAUGAUCGUCAUCAUCACCAUUCCAGUCUUCAUCAUUCUCAUCACCAUCAUGAUCAACUGCGUUGUCUAUCAUCAAUCCAUGAGGUAUGGGACAGUGAUUACGAGAAGGAAAUUAGGCAGGAAUUGAGGUGGCUCACUGCUAAGUAUAAGACAGAGCUGAGAGAGCUAGUAACUCAACAGCUUGGAGGCUCGAGAUCAUUGAGAAAUUCGCCUGAUUCCAGCAAAAUAAGAAAUGGGGGGGUAUCAUCUUCAGUUAGUUUACCUUCUCCUAAGAGUGUUCGUAAUGGGUCUCCUCCGUUGGGGAUGAAGGAUGCUUUGAGUAAGAGAGAGGAGGAAUGGAAAGGGUGUGAGAGAACCAGGCACUGUGAGGUUACUGAUGGGUGCAGCCCUGAGCCUGUUUACACAGCAAGGAGUUUCUAUAUGGGAGCUCUGCUACCUCAUUGUAUUCAGAGGUCUCAGUCGCUUCCUGUGGAUGCUGUGGACUUUUGAGUAGCUUGGCUGAGCCUGUUUAAAACUCAUGCCUGCUUUGUUCAUUCCUUUCUCCCUCCAUACUCGGUGCCAGUAUAAAAAAAACGCUUAUUUAUGUUGGAAUACAGUUUUCAUUUGCCUCAUUGGGCACGGAUAUGCAAUUGAACUGCCUCCCCUCAUGCAUAGUUGCACGAUUCAGGGAGUUUUGUUAAAGUAGCCAAGAUCUCAUGAGUCAAAUACUAAAUGAGGUAGAAAAAGCUCUGCAUCUGAGCUCUUCUAGAAUCACACGUCCUCUUUCUUGAAUUUCUCAGGCUUGUGAAAAACACAACCCUUAUCUACCUCGAACUAUUGCUUCUAGGAACAAGAUCUUGGACGUGUUGUAAAAUCCUGUGUUAUCUAAUGAAGUAAAAGCUUAAGUUUUGUGAUGGUGAACCAUUUUUCAUCAAUUUUAAUAAGAGAUCUAUGGUUAGUCUUGAUUCGCUUAAGUUUUGUUCAAUUUGGUUCUGCAGUAAUAGUUCUAUCUCGCAAAUCUUAUUGAUGUCGAGUUUCUUA